AUGUCGGAUAGAUCAGCGAGGCCACGCCCAGCAACCCAGCCAGCUGCAUCGCUCUUGCCUUCUUGGCCUCAAUUGCCUCAACUAGCAUACGCACUCGCUCCUAUCCCCGCUACUAGCUCCAGAGCCAGCUCAUCGAGAUCGGCCUCGACGUCUGCCUCAUCACUGCGCACUUUUGUGUUCGAAAGGUCUGCACCUUAUCCUACUUCCAGACCAUCUCGAAACGAGAUGCUCGAAGUACACAGCGCUUCCACCAUGCACGAGACUGAACUGUAUCGCACUCGACAGGCGCUACAGUCGCAUCUGGCUUUGCGUCAGCAACCGGCUUGGCCAUCCCGCCAUGCUGAAUCGCAGCAACCUCGUACUAGCACGAGCAGCUCACAUGCUCACUCUACCAGCGUCUCUUCCAAUUCGCAGUCGUCGAGUAAGGAAGCGCAGCACAAGGUGUAUCUGCUUAACUGCAAGCACUGCGGCAACUUUCUUAGCGAUCGUGGUAUGAAGGCGGUUUUGCUGCUCAAGCCCAACAUCACUCUGUACAGCACUGAUAUUGUUCCAUCGACUUGCGGACCCUUCUUUGCCGGAUCUUCGUUCCAUGGCGGUGUCGACUCGAACGAGCCACCAGUGGAGCGAACGUGCGAGUGUCUGACGCAAAGCCUGGGUUGCUACGGGUGCGGAGCUCAGGUGGGGUACAAUAUCAUCUCACCUUGCGCUCGCUGCACAAGUAGCGUGAUGAAGCACUCGAGAAGCUCGAACGGUCAUCGCACCGUAUUGCACUGUUCCGAGAUCUCAGUUCGGGAGCGUCGAUACAUUCCUGGCGAGCCCGGUGUUCGAGCGCAGGUGAUGCCACCUCCAGCACCUCAGAUGCACUGCAGUCCACGACAGGCAUAUGCAGGAGCUUUGCAGGACGAGCAGAUGGGUCAAGCUUCACAGGCCGAGCUCUUCCGUCACUCGAAUGCCUCACGUCGCGAUGUGUAUCGCCUUCCGCAUGGACUGGACGAGGAUGAUCUGGAGGCAGAAAAGGCCGAGAUUAAUGUUGCACUGCACUACCAGCACCAGCAACAGUACCUUGACCGCGAUCCUCGAUUCAACGGUCCUCCACCAAGCAACCAGGAGGUCCACAUGAGUCCAAGCAGCAAUCGAGGUCCUACUUUUUCUUGCUCAAGAAAAGGCCGCGUGCUGAAAAGAGGCGACACUCUGUACUGGACCGACCUGAUUGCUGGUGGCGAGCGUGCGCAGCCUUUUGACCCAGAUCCGAUCCUCGAGAGGCCGAUGGUUGGAAGGUGA